UUCGUUUGCUGUGUUUCUUUUCUUUUAGGACACUACCCCAAAUUGCACCCCCAUCCCUGAGUUGCGCUAACACUGACUUUUAAUGUUAAUGGAGGAAGAGCUACUGGAAUUGAAGACCCUGGUUGCUCAAUUAAAGGCUGACAAUGAGAAGCUGCGUGCAGAGCGUUCACCUUCCACAUCUAGCUCCAGUGCCGGGCCGUCUUCAGCUUCUGCACCCCCCACCGCCCAAAUAACGGACAGGUUAGUGUUUGUUCCACGCGAUCGUAAGUGUCCUAUGUUUAGGGGACGGGUGGGGAUUAGUGUGAGCGAGUGGGUUGAGGAGGUGCAGGCGUGUAUGCGGGCACGAAAUUUGUCAGCAGUAGAUCAGGCCUUCUUUUUGUAUGACCAUUUAGAAGGAGAGGCUAGGGAUGAGGUCAAAUAUCGCUCUAGUCAGGAACAAGGGGAUCCGGCUAAAAUCAUUUCUAUCCUCAAGGAGCUUUAUGGAUGUAAUGAGUCGCAUGUUGCAUUACAGGAGGCCUUUUUCUCCAGAAAGCAAUUGGAUGGGGAAACAUUGCAAGAGUUCUCCCUUGCUUUGAUGAGCCUCAUGGAGAAAGUAAAAGUACAGGCCCCUAGGGACAUGCCAAACGCUGAAGUUCUCUUGCGUGAUCAGUUUAUAGAAUAUGUCCUUGAUGGUGCACUUCGUCGUGCGCUAAAACAGUACGUUCGUCUGAAACCGGCAGCAACACUGCUUGAGGUCAGAGGUGAGGCAAUGAGGUGGGAAUUGGAGGGUUUGCCAGCUAGUAUGCGGGGCCGGAGUAACUCUCUGCCUUCAGCACCCAGCUUUCAGUUUGCUGUGCGUGGUGGGUCACCAGCUAUUGCUAGCCCCACUCAAACAGAGGUUAAUGAGUUAAAAGAGCUCUUAAAACAGCAACAGGAGCACACUACGCAUGCACAGGGAGAACAUGCGACCUGCUGGUGCCGUCACUUUGAUUUAGUUUACAUUUUCUCUCUUUGUUCUUCUCAGACAUUCAUUUUUUUAGAUAAUGCUGUUUUAUUAUUUUUAGUUUACUUGUUUAUGUGUAUGAAUGUGAUCCUGGCACUACUCUGGAGGAACAAAAAUGAAUGUUUCAUGUAAAGAUGUGACAAAGACAUGAAAAAUAAAGCUAAAUGAUCUGAUCUUGUUAUCUAAAUCUUUCCCAAAUCAAAUUAAAACAUCUCCAUCAAUAAUUCACAUCAUUUGACUUAUUUUCCUAAUUUUUGUUCUCCAGUCCAAAGCAUUUUAAGUGUUAAAUGUUCAAUACAAAAAAUAUCAAAGAAGAAACUAAAUAAUUGACAAGG